AUGGCCGAGAAGCAGAAGCACGACGGGCGGGUGAAGAUCGGUCACUACGUGCUGGGAGACACGCUGGGGGUCGGCACCUUCGGCAAAGUCAAGAUUGGGGAACACCAGCUGACAGGGCACAAAGUGGCAGUCAAAAUCCUCAACAGACAGAAGAUAAGGAGCCUGGAUGUGGUGGGGAAGAUCAAACGAGAAAUUCAAAACCUUAAGCUCUUCCGGCACCCUCACAUCAUCAAACUGUACCAGGUCAUCAGCACUCCAACAGACUUCUUCAUGGUCAUGGAAUACGUGUCCGGCGGUGAACUGUUCGAUUACAUCUGUAAGCAUGGACGUGUCGAAGAGGCAGAAGCUCGCCGCCUUUUCCAGCAGAUCCUCUCGGCGGUGGAUUACUGCCACAGGCACAUGGUUGUCCACAGAGACCUGAAACCAGAGAACGUGCUGCUGGAUGCUCACAUGAAUGCAAAGAUAGCUGAUUUUGGCUUGUCCAACAUGAUGUCAGAUGGCGAAUUUCUACGCACCAGCUGUGGGUCCCCAAAUUAUGCAGCUCCUGAAGUCAUCUCUGGAAGGCUCUACGCUGGCCCAGAGGUGGACAUCUGGAGCUGUGGUGUCAUCCUCUAUGCCCUUCUGUGUGGCACUCUGCCUUUUGAUGACGAGCACGUGCCCACCCUCUUCAAGAAGAUCCGAGGAGGUGUGUUUUACAUCCCUGAAUACCUCAACCGCUCCGUUGCCACUCUCCUCAUGCACAUGCUGCAGGUUGACCCCCUCAAGCGAGCCACUAUCAAGGACAUCAGGGAGCACGAGUGGUUCAAGGAGGAGCUGCCCAGCUACCUGUUCCCGGAGGACCCUUCUUACGACGCCACGGUGAUCGACGACGAGGCGGUGCGGGAGGUGUGUGAGAAGUUCGAGUGCACGGAGUCGGAGGUGAUGAACAGCCUGUACAGCGGCGACCCGCAGGACCAGCUGGCCGUGGCUUACCACCUGGUCAUCGACAGCGUGGUGAACUCCUACCACCUGAGGGUGCGCCGCAAGAACCCAGUGACCGGCAACUACGUCAAGAUGAGCCUCCAGCUCUACCAGGUUGACAACCGCAGCUAUCUCCUGGACUUCAAAAGCAUCGAUGAUGAUGUGAUGGAGCAGAGGUCUGGCUCGUCCACUCCCCAGCGCUCCUGCUCCGCUGCUGGCUUGCACCGCCCGCGGCUGAGCAUCGACGGUGCCGCGGCCACCGAGUGCCAGUCCCUGAUGGGCUCCCUGAGCGGCUCCUUCAUUGGCAGCAUCCCCUCGGUGCCACCACGCCUCGGCAGCCACACCAUGGACUUCUUUGAGAUGUGUGCCAGCCUCAUCAUGGCCCUGGCUCGCUGA